GCGGGGAGAGCCGCCCCCGCCGCCGCCGCCGCCGCCCGCGCCGCUCCCCUGCCCGGCUCGCCGGCCCCGGGCGCGGGGAGCGGCGGAGCCCUCAGCCCGCCGGGUGCAUGGACAGGAGCUCCCUGCUGCAGCUGAUCCAGGAGCAGCUCGACCCCGAAAACACCGGCUUCAUCGGCGUGGAGACCUUCGCCAGCCUGGUGCACAGCCAUGAGCUGCCCCUGGACCCCGCCAAGCUCGACAUGCUGGUGGCCCUGGCACAGGGCAACGACGAGGGGCAGGUCUGCUACCAGGAGCUGGUAGAUCUGAUCAGCAGCAAACGCUCCAGCAGCUUCAAACGCGCCAUCGCCAACGGGCAGCGGGCGCUGCCCCGCGAUGUCCUGCUGGACGAGACCGGCCUGGGCAUCUACAAACGCUUCGUCCGCUACGUGGCCUACGAGAUCCUGCCCUGCGAGAUGGACAGACGCUGGUACUUCUACCAGCACCGCACCUGCCCGCCCCCCGUCUUCAUGGCAGCCGUCACCCUCACCCAGAUCAUCGUGUUCCUGUGCUACGGGGCCCGGCUGAACAAGUGGGUGCUGCAGACCUACCACCCCGAGUACAUGAAGAGCCCCCUGGUCUAUCACCCCGGGCACCGGGCGCGCGCCUGGCGCUUCCUCACCUACAUGUUCAUGCACGUGGGGCUGGAGCAGCUGGGGUUCAACGCCCUCCUGCAGCUGAUGAUCGGGGUGCCCCUGGAGAUGGUGCACGGCAUCCUGCGCAUCAGCUUCCUCUACCUGGCCGGGGUCCUGGCAGGCUCCCUCACCGUCUCCAUCACGGACAUGAGGGCCCCCCUGGUCGGGGGCUCCGGGGGGGUCUACGCCCUCUGCUCUGCUCACCUCGCCAACGUCGUCAUGAACUGGGCCGGGAUGCGCUGUCCCUACAAGCUGCUGCGGAUGGUGCUGGCGCUGGUGUGCAUGAGCUCCGAGGUGGGUCGCGCCGUGUGGCUCCGCUUCUCCCCGCCGCUGCCGGCCUCGGGACCCCAGCCCAGCUUCAUGGCGCACCUGGCGGGGGCCAUCGUGGGCAUCAGCAUGGGGCUGACCAUCCUGCGCAGCUACGAGGAGAGCCUGCAGGACCAGUGCGGCUGGUGGGUGCUGCUGCUCUCCUACGGCACCUUCCUGCUCUUCGCCGUCUUCUGGAACAUCUUCGCCUACGACCUGCUGGGGGCACAGAUCCCCCCCCCUCCCUAGCCCGACCCUGCGGUUCGUUCGGUUCCCGAGCCCGGCGGAGGGGCUGGGGGGGUCCCCGCGCGUGACAUGGGGACAGGCCACCCCCGCCCGCCUGUCCCCUCGGUGCUACGAGCGCGCCGCCCCCGCCCCGGUUCCCCCCGCCGCCCCCGUCCCCAAAGGACGCUCCGGCCCUGCCCCGGUACCGCCCCCCGGGAAGGAACCGGGCCGGGACAGCCCCCGGGACCCCCGGAUCCCCUUCCCGGGACCUGCACUUUCACACGGAGGACUGGUGCCAAAAGAGGAGCGAUUUAUUUUUCUAUGCCAAAAUAAAUAUAAAUAAAAGAAAGAGGAAUAAUAAUAAAAAAGAUAAAAAAAAAGAAGGAUGUGGGGAGAGCCCGGCAGGAAUCGGCUGAGACCGGCACAACUCAUUUUUUGGCAGUGCCCUCGGGGCACAGCCCCCCCUCCCCGCGCCCCGACCCCGCUUUGCUGCCUCGGGAUGGGGGCGCGGGGGGUCCCCGCUCUGACCCCCCCCAGACCUUUUUGAAGUAUAAAUAAAUAUUUUGCACACUG